AUGGCUGCUGGGGAAGAAGCCGCUCAGAAACGAUCUGCAGAUGCGGGCGAAACCCCAGAUGCAAAGAAGGCGAAGACUGCCAACGAAACAAAGAUAAACCCUUUGACAGAGAGGGAGUACUCGGACAGAUAUUAUGAGAUCUUGGAGAAGCGUCAGAAACUCCCUGCUUGGGAAGCCAGGAAAGAGUUCCUGAAGCUUAUCAAGCGCAACCAGACAGUCGUGCUUGUGGGGGAGACUGGUUCUGGAAAGACCACCCAGCUGCCGCAGUUUCUCCUCGAGGCUGGCUACCACAUGGCUGGAGAAAAGGCCAAAGGCAUUGCCUGCACACAGCCUCGAAGGGUGGCAGCGAUGAGUGUAGCGCAGAGAGUGGCAGACGAGCUUGAUACCUUUCUCGGUGCGCACGUCGGCUACCUCAUCCGCUUCGAGGACAAAACUUCCCCGGAGACGAUCCUCAAGUUUCUGACGGAUGGCAUGCUCCUGAGAGAAGCAAUGACAGAUCCCUUGUUGACCAAGUACAGCGUGAUCAUUCUGGAUGAAGCUCACGAGCGAACUCUGGCAACAGACGUUCUGUUCGGGUUGAUCAAGGAGGUGAUGAGGCGAAGACCAGAUCUCAAGCUGGUCGUUAUGUCUGCAACCAUGGAUGCGCAGAAGAUGCAGGGAUAUUUCGACAACGCGCCCUUGCUCAACAUCCCUGGCCGCACGCAUCCUGUGGAAAUCUUCUACACCUCUGAGCCGGAGAGAGACUACCUGGAAGCGGCCAUGCGAACGGUGGUGCAGAUCCACAACUCGGAGCCUGAGGGAGAUAUCCUGCUCUUCCUUACAGGGGAAGAGGAGAUCGAGCAGGCUUGUCGUCAGCUGCGCAAGGAGAGCUCCCGGUUUCCCGAGAAUGGUGAGCUGGUGGCGGUGCCCCUCUACUCCUCCCUUCCACCGCUGCAGCAGCAGCGGAUCUUUGAGCCUCCCCCGGGGCCACGCUUCCCUGGAGGCCCUCCCGGCAGGAAAGUUGUCGUGGCGACUAACAUCGCCGAGACUUCCAUCACUAUCGACGGAAUCGUUUACGUCGUGGACCCCGGCUUCGCAAAGCAGAAGGUGUACAAUCCGCGAAUUCGCGUGGAGUCACUCCUGGUUUCUCCUGUGUCAAAGGCAUCUGCGGCGCAGCGGGCCGGACGAGCCGGGCGGACUCGCCCUGGCAAGUGCUUCCGUCUCUACACAGAGAAGGCUUUCACCACCGAGCUUGCCGAGCAAACCUACCCCGAGAUCCUGCGGUCCAAUCUGGGUGUGGUCGUGCUAACCCUCAAGAAACUGGGCAUCGAUGACUUGGUCCACUUUGACUUCCUCGAUCCCCCGGCGCCAGAAACCAUGAUGCGAGCGCUGGAGAUGCUGAACUUCCUGAAUCAUCUCAACGAUGAUGGGGAUCUGACCGAUGCUGGAGAUCAGGCUGCUGAAUUCCCGCUGGAUCCGCAGCUGGCAAAGAUGCUCAUCGACUCGCCCAAGUUUAAGUGCAGCAACGAGAUGCUCUCCAUCUCUGCGAUGCUUUCGGUGCCGAACGUCUUUGUCAGACCGAAGGAGUUCGGCAAAGAAGCCGACGAUGCGAAGGGCCGCUUCACACACCUGGAUGGGGACCACCUCACCCUCCUCAACGUGUUCCAUGCGUACAAGCAGUAUAUCACGGAGGGGGCGGACCCUGCACAGUUCUGCUACGACAACUUCAUCAACGCCAGGUCGAUGAAGUCUGCAGAGAACGUGCGCGAGCAGCUCAAGCGAACCAUGGAGCGCUUGAAUCUGCCGAUGCUUAGCACGGACUUUAGGGACAAGGAAUACUAUCCCAACAUCAGACGCUGCUUGGUGGCCGGCUACUUCAUGCAGGUUGCCCACCUUGAGAAGAGCGGCCACUACCUGACUGUCAGAGACAACCAAGUGGUGGCUCUGCAUCCUUCCACGGGCAUUACACACAAGCCAGAAUGGGUCUUGUAUCACGAGUUCGUGCUGACAUCCAAGAAUUUCAUCCGGACCGUGACGCAGGUGAGAGGCGAGUGGCUGCUGGAGAUCGCACCGAGCUACUACGAUGUCAGGAACUUCCCAAAGUCCGAGGCACGAAGCCAGCUGGAGCGGCUGCAGGCAGCGCGGGGAAGAGCAGACCCCAGCAGCCCCAGCACCAGUGAACGCCACGCUCGCUGGAAAAAGAACCGGCUGCCACCACAAGACCCAUGCCAAGGCAAUGAGACAGCAAAAGGCAGUGGGUGCAGAGACGUUGCCAAAGCUGAUCUUAUGUGCAUGGCGGUGACCUGUGUCUUGGCCAGGUCCAGCCGCUUGCCAAGCCGUGCUGCCGCAGUGCAGGCACGGGCAGCACUGGUGGCUGCAGCCGAGCGUGCGGCCACUGCAGGAGACGACCCCGAAGCCGUCUUGCGGGCAGUGGAUGCCGCAGGCUUGUCCAACCAGGCCUCCGAUGGCGGCCUCGGCCUCUCCUACCAGGCUGUCCUUGAUGCGCGCUGCUGCACUGGGGGCCACCGCCUCCACAGCAAGACGGUGGAGUCAGUGGAGGAGGCCAUCUUGCUUCGGCGGGAGGUGGUCGAUGUACGAGAAGCCGGACCCCAGCAUGUCAGCCAGUUCUGGCUCGACUGGUCGCAGGAGGCCAGGCACCAAAAAGGCCGCAUCUGGCGCCUCUCCAAGGAGAAGGCGGAGGCGGAGCUUGCAGCCAAGAGGAGCUACUGGGAGGCCAGACAAGUUUCUCGCGUAGAUGAGCGACCGGAGCGCCUUGCGCGCCUGGCCACUCGGGCCGAGACGGCGCUGCGGAGUGUGGCGGCUGCUGCGGCGGCUAUGAGUGCUGCCUGCAGAGGCAGAGGCCGGGCUUCUCUUCCAAGACCCCGGAUGCAGCCGAUGCAGGUCGCCGUGGCAACCGCAAAGAAAGUCCGGCUCGGUCUCACUCAACGCGCGCCCGUCCACGGAUUGACGCAAGGUUCCAGUCCUUUCUAA